GUAUACAUGAUAAAGAUGACUGCGCAAUGUCUGUUGAUGAUCCACCUAUUACCCAUGGUGCAUCAGCCAAAGCCAUACCUUUGCGAGCAACUAAAAAAAAAUCAAUGGAUAAAGAUGAUGCUGGACUUUCGGAAGGAAUGCUUCAAGCAAGAACAAAAAAUUGUUAUACGCGUGGAAAAGGAUUGGUUGUUAUUUUGAAUAAUUAUACUGACAGCCGAGAAGGUUCUCGUAUUGAUGAAGAUAAUAUCAGGAGAACAUUUGGUGAUUUCCUUCAUUACGUAGUACUGCCACCUCAGCACAACUUGAACAGAGAUGGCAUCUUAAAUUAUCUUAAUGUUAUCAAAAACAAGAUCAAGAAUGAUGUUGCCAUCAAUGUUUCAUACUCAAGUUUAUUUGUGUUUUUUGGUAGUCAUGGUCAAAAG